AUGGUAAAAAUAAGAAAAGUGAAGAAAAAAAACUGGGCUAAACGGCAAAGCUGUUCAUCAAAUCCCUCGAUUAAGUCACACAGAGAUGCCGCAAGGCGUGGGUUUAGACAUGAGUGCCAGGCAGGAUCAAGUCUUACGGUUGAAGCACUGGCAAAACACAACGACAAUAUAGACGAUGAAGACAUUGUUUUGGACGAUGCUGAGACCACGGGGAGGUCUAUGGCUACUGUCAGUAUUAGCGGAUUGACAGAUUGUUCUAACCCAACAUUUUCUGGUGUUUUGAAGAGGUUUUGGCAGUCACCUGGGGCUAACCAUCAGGAA